AUGACCCCUCCUCUUUCAUUUAAAUGGCUGGAAGGAAAAGUAGCCUUAAUCACUGGAGGAGCCAGCGGCAUUGGAGAAUGCACAGCUAAAGUGUUUGCCCACCACGGUGCCAAAGUGGUCGUAGCUGACAUCCAAGAUGAAUCGGGUCGUUCACUUGCUAAAGCCCUAGGCCCAUCAAACUCUACCUAUGUGCACUGUGACGUAACUGAUGAGGCCCAAGUAAAAAAUGCUGUGAACGCCGCUGUCACAACUUAUGGCAAGCUAGACAUAAUGUUCAACAAUGCUGGCAUUGCUGAUGAGAGCAAAGCACGCAUAAUUGACAAUGAAAAGGCUGAUUUUGAACGUGUUCUGCAGACUAAUGUGACGGGAGUUUUUCUUGGCAUCAAACAUGCAGCCCGUGUCAUGAUCCCGGGACGCAAUGGUACCAUAAUUUCAACUGCCAGUGUUAGCUCAAAAGUUGGUGCUGCUGCCUCACAUGCAUAUUGUUGCUCCAAGCAUGCUGUUCUAGGACUCACCAAAAAUGCUGCUGUUGAGCUUGGGCAAUUUGGCAUCAGAGUGAACUGUUUAUCACCUUAUGCGCUUGCAACCCCUUUAGCAAAACAAGUUAUUGGUCAUGAUGAUGAACAGCUUGAGAAUUUGAUGCACGCUUUUGGUACCCUAAAGGGUGUGACCCUUCAGGCAGAAGAUGUAGCCAACGCAGCACUUUAUCUGGCAAGUGAUGAAGCUAGAUAUGUCAGUGGGCACAAUUUAUUCAUAGAUGGGGGUUUUACCAUUCAGAACCCAUCAUUCCGCAUGUUCCAGUACCCUGAAGAGUCGUCAUAA